CAACAACAACAACAAACAAUUAGAAGUGUUGGAAUAAACUAACAACAAUGGGCAACAAAUGCUGCAGCAAGCGACAGGAUCAGGAGCUAGCCUUGGCCUAUCCCACUGGUGGCUAUAAAAAGUCAGACUACACCUUUGGCCAAACGCACAUCAACAGCAACAGCGUUGCCGGAGCCGGUGGCAUCGUUGCCAGCGCACUUGGCCACAAGCACAACAAUGGCGGCUCACUGGAUACGCGCUAUACACCAGAUCCGAAUCGUGGCCCACUCAAAAUUGGCGCCAAGGGCGGUGUCGACAUCAUACGAACGCGCACCACACCGACUGGCGUGCCUGGCGGUCUGCCGAAGCGACGCGUUGUGGUUGCGUUGUAUGAUUACAAAUCGCGCGAUGAGUCUGACUUGAGCUUUAUGAAGGGCGACCGCAUGGAGGUCAUCGAUGAUACCGAAUCCGAUUGGUGGCGCGUUGUCAAUCUAAGCACACGCCAGGAGGGACUCAUACCCUUGAAUUUUGUUGCCGAGGAGCGCAGCGUCAACAGCGAAGACUGGUUCUUUGAGAACGUGCUACGCAAGGAGGCGGACAAGCUGCUGCUGGCGGAGGAAAAUCCACGCGGCACUUUUCUGGUGCGUCCCUCGGAGCACAAUCCAAAUGGCUAUUCGCUGUCGGUUAAGGACUGGGAGGACGAGCGCGGCUAUCAUGUGAAACACUAUCGCAUUAAGCCGCUGGACAAUGGUGGCUACUACAUAGCCACAAAUCAAACUUUCCCCUCGCUACAAGCGCUGGUCAUGGCCUACAGCAAAAACGCGCUUGGCCUGUGCCAUAUACUAUCGCGUCCCUGCCCCAAGCCACAACCACAGAUGUGGGAUCUGGGCCCCGAGCUGCGUGACAAGUACGAAAUUCCACGCUCCGAGAUUCAGCUGCUGCGUAAAUUGGGUCGCGGCAACUUUGGCGAAGUCUUCUAUGGCAAGUGGCGCAACAGCAUCGAUGUGGCAGUCAAGACGCUGCGCGAGGGCACCAUGUCCACGGCUGCGUUUCUGCAGGAGGCGGCUAUAAUGAAAAAGUUUCGACACAAUCGACUGGUGGCACUCUAUGCCGUUUGCUCACAGGAGGAGCCCAUUUAUAUAGUGCAGGAGUACAUGUCCAAGGGCAGUCUGCUGGACUUUUUGCGCGAGGGCGAUGGGCGCUAUUUGCAUUUCGAGGAUCUCAUCUAUAUUGCCACACAGGUCGCCAGCGGCAUGGAGUAUCUGGAGUCGAAGCAGCUUAUACAUCGCGAUCUGGCUGCACGCAACGUGCUCAUUGGCGAGAACAAUGUGGCAAAGAUUUGUGAUUUCGGUCUGGCGCGCGUCAUUGCCGACGAUGAGUACUGCCCCAAGCAGGGCUCACGCUUCCCAGUCAAGUGGACUGCGCCCGAGGCCAUCAUCUAUGGCAAGUUUAGCAUCAAGUCGGACGUUUGGUCCUACGGCAUUUUGCUAAUGGAGCUGUUUACGUACGGACAAGUGCCCUAUCCGGGCAUGCACAGUCGCGAGGUGAUUGAGAACAUUGAGCGCGGUUUCCGCAUGCCAAAGCCGACAAAUCAUUACUUCCCCGACAAUAUCUAUCACUUGCUAUUGCAAUGCUGGGACGCUGUGCCCGAGAAGCGGCCAACGUUUGAGUUCUUGAAUCAUUAUUUUGAAUCGUUCUCAGUAACGUCUGAGGUGCCGUAUCGAGAGGUGCAGGAUUAAAUCACACAACACAUCACACACACACACACACACAUACAUUUAUACAUACAUAUUUACUAUAAUUCUUAAGACUUUUAAAUGGCAAAAACAAAAAAGAAGUAAACAAAAAUCCAAGGCUAGGCGUAUUAGUUGUCAGUCACAUUUACAUUGACAUAACUCUAUAUAUGUAUGUGUAUGUGUUAUACAUAAUUAAUUGAAAAAUGCGACAUUUUAUAUUUUACACGCAAAAAAAAAACACAA